AUGAAGGGCCAGCCGCCGGUGCCCCACCCGGAGUGUCUGCCCAUCACCAACUUUCCGCCCAACAAGCGGACGGAGAUGCUGCAGCAGGUGUGCAUCAACACCGUGCGCAGCAUCAACUGCAACACCUGUGGCCUGGGCCCCCGCCAGCAGAUGAACGCCGCCACGCAGGUGCUCGACCUCUCCAACGUCUACGGGGGCAAUCUGCUGAACAACAGCGAGCAGCUGCGCUCCUUCGUCGGCGGGCAGAUGCUCCUGCAGCUGGGCAUGACCGGCCAGACGCUGAUGCCCACCGCCUCCGCCCCCUCCGACACUGACACCCUCGAUCUGACGCCCUGCAACCCGCCGCUGGGCAAGAACCCACUGGGCGUCGGUUGCUUCCGCACCGGUGACGGCAUCCGCGGCAACCAGAAUCCCUUCAUCGCCUCGCUCACCACCGUCCUCGUCCGCCGGCACAACCAGCACGCCGUCGGCCUGGCCGCCGCCAAUCCGCACUGGGACGACGAGCGGCUCUUCCAGGAGGCCCGCCGGCUGACCAUCGCCGAGGUGACCAAGAUCCACUACGGCGAGUACGUCGGCCUCAUCCUCGGCGACCGCCUGAUGCGCUACUUCCACCUGAACGUUCGGCCGCACGGCUUCACCAAGUACAACGCCCACGUCGAGCCGUCGACGAUUCAGGCGACGGGCGUGGCGGCGAUGCGCAUCGGCCACUCGCAGACGCGCUCCAGCUAUCGGAUGAUCGGCGAGGAUGGCCUCGGCUACGGCAAGUUCGGCGGCGGUGGGAGUGGCGGCAGUGGCUCCUACCUCCUGCGAGACCGCUUCUUCAACAUGAUCGACGUCUGGCAGGGCCGCAUCACGCCCAUUCUCCGGGGCAUCCUAGCGGACCCAAGCAAGAACGUCGACCCCUACGGCGUGACCGACCUGAAGGACUUUCUCUUCUUCAACCCACGGCGGCCGGCGGUGGUGGACCUGCUGUCGAUUAACAUCAACCGAGGACGGGAUCACGGCGUGCCCGCCUACGUGUACCACCUGCAGUACUGCACCGGUGUGGAGGUCAAAAGCUGGAAGGAACUGGAGCGCUUCAUGCCCGCCAGCAAGGUGAAAAACCUGAGAAAGGUGUACCGACACUUCCGAGACGUGGACCUCUUCCUAGGCGGUUUGCUGGAGUAUCACCUGAAAGGCGCCAAAGUGGGCCCGACCUUUGCCUGUCUGAUUGGCAUUCAGUUUUACCACUGGAAGUACGGCGAUCGGUUCUACUUUGAACACGGCGGAGAGGCUGGCUCCUUUACCGCUGCACAAUUGGCCGACAUUCGCUCCAAGGUCUCACUGGCCAAUCUGCUCUGCAAGGCAACUGACAUGGAAAUGGUGCAGGUGCGCCCGCUGGAGGAAGGUGGGCCACACAAUCCGAAGAUCUCCUGUGCCGGGCUGCCGGAGAUUGACUACUUCCUCUUCCGUGACCAUGAAAGCACGGGAGGAUACGGAAAGAAAAAGUAG